AGAGGGCGAAGAAGGAACGCCACUGUCCAGUGAAACUCCUUCCCCCAAAAAUGUCAUCAAUUCAAGUCAAAAUCACAUGACAUGACAUCUUUCAAUGAAAUGAAUGUUUUUUGUUUUUGUCAGUGAAAUAUCAAAUUAUCUGCUUUUUUUUAUAUUAAGGUUUAUCAAGAUUAGAAAAUGGUUACGUUCUCUUAUUAUUUUUAGAAAAUAUUUUGUUUUAUAUAUAAUUAGUAGAAUAUUUAUUUCGUUUUCAAUAUCCAAAUGCCCCUGGAUUCUAUAAAAUAUCCAAACAACCUCACCAUGGGUAAUUCAGAAGACGAGGAAGACAUCGACAGCAAAUCAUCACCCAUGAGUUACAAAGAGAGACGAAGAGAAGCCCACACACAAGCAGAACAAAAAAGAAGAGAUGCAAUAAAAAAAGGUUAUGACACAUUGCAAGAACUGGUUCCCACCUGCCAACAACCAGAUGUAUCAGGCUAUAAACUAAGUAAAGCAACUGUUCUUCAAAAAUCAAUUGAUUACAUACAGUACUUACAAAUGCAAAAAAAGAAGCAGGAAGAAGAACGUAAUGCCCUAAGAAAAGAGGUGGUGGCUCUUAGAAUUAUGCAGACCAACUAUGAACAAAUUGUCAAGGCACAACAAUCUCAGCCAGGUCAUACAGAGACUCGAAUUUCUGAUGAAGUAAAAUUUUCAGUGUUACAAGCCAUAAUGGAUGAACUGUUUUCCACAUUUAGCGGUGUCUCUGUAAAUAAUUUCUCUGAAUUAUCAGCUGGCGUUUUUAGUUGGUUGGAAGAAUGCUGUAAACCUCAAACUCUAAAAGAUACUGUGUUCCAAGUUUUACGAAGGCAUCAUAUUCAAAUGAGAGGAUAGCACCAGUUGUCCUUAGUUUAAUUAUCUAAGGUACCCACCUUUAUUUCUUGACAAAAGAGUAAUUGCUUUGUAUAGGUUUUCAAAAUAGCAGCAAUUUAUUGUUUUUGAAUAUUUAUAAUUUUUUGUUUA